CGGGGUAAGAAGAAGAAAAAACCCCGAAGAAGUGGUGAGCGUCGUGGGAGGGUGGGCCACCUGUGACGGCACAUGAGUGGAGAAGAGCCUCGAGGCUGCCCCUCUGUUCACACUGCGUGUGGUUCAGUGUGUGUGUGAGGGUGUUACGGCGUCUAAAGUCCACUUGGAUUAUCUUGAGCUCAAGGAAACGUUCAUAUCUGUCUGUUCGAGGAAUGUGUACGUGAUUCAGGUUCCUUUGGAUCUCUCUGCAGCACUCGAGGAGGGGCUGCCUGCCGGUGCGUGUGUCUUUGAGAGUCCUAGGGCGACUAUGUUUGUGUGAGUGCCUUUGCAUGUGUGUACGCCCCGGUCGGAGAGCGUGUGUGUCCCAUGAGGCGCUCGGCAGAGAUGCAGGGAUGUUGUGCGGUGCGGCUCCUGCUGCUGUGCUGCUGUGUGUGUGCGGCAGCCAGCUACCCGUUCAGAACGCCCCUGGACCUGGAUGUGACUCCACGCGUCACCGUGUUGAACAGCGGUCUCCAGGGCUGCAGACGUUUCCAGUCCUCUGCAGUCAGCUACAGCACCAUGUUGCUGGAGGCUGACAGUGAGCGUCUCUUCGUGGGGGCCCGGGGGGCUGUGUUUGCUCUCAAUGCCUCUGACAUUUCAGCCAGCUCUGCUCUCACUAUUGAAUGGGAAGCCUCCCCCGAGCAAAAGCUCCAGUGUCUGCUCAAGGGAAAAGACAAUAAGACGGAGUGUUUUAAUCACAUCCGCUUCCUCCAGAGGUUCAACUCGACUCAUCUCUACAUGUGUGGGACUCAUGCCUUCAGCCCCCUAUGUGCUUACAUAAAUGAGGAUACAUUUGUGAUGUCGUCUCAGCCUGAAGAGGGCAGAGACAAAUGUCCCUACAGCCCGACGACAGGCUACACUGCUCUCAUCAUUGACCAGCAGAUGUAUUCGGCUUCCCAGUACGAGUUUAGGAGCUUUCCCGAUAUCCGCCGCAACUCUCCGCCCCCCACACUGAAGACAGAGGAUGCCCCAACACGCUGGCUGAACGAGGCAGACUUUGUGGGCUCGGCACUCGUGAGGGAGAGUUUGGGCAGCAGCACCGGCGAUGAUGAUAAGAUCUACUACUUCUUCACCGAGAGGAGCGAAGAGCAGACGACAACCUACAGCCACAGCAGGGUGGCACGAGUGGCUCGCAUUUGUAAGGGGGACCGGGGAGGCCGUUUAACUCUCCAGAAACGGUGGACGUCCUUCCUCAAGGCCAGGCUGACAUGUUCUCUGCCCGAGUACGACUUCCACUUCAACAUGCUGCGCAGCAUGUUUGUCAUGCCUGGCCUUACGCCGCAGGACACGCUCUUCUACGGCAUCUUCGGCCUGGAAUGGAAAAACGUGAAGGCAUCUGCAGUGUGUCGAUUCUCUCUGUCUGAAGUCCAAGAGGCCUUUCAAGGACCCUACAUGGAGAACCAGGACUCUGGCUCCAAGUGGAAGGAAUACACUGGAAAGAUCCCUGACCCGCGACCUGGAACGUGUAUAACUGACACACUGAGGGCCAAGGGCAUCAACGUCUCCACCUCGCUGCCCGAUGAUGUGCUGAACUUCGUCCGGAGGCAUCCUCUGAUGUCCCGGCAGGUCCAACCUUCAGACAGACGACCGCUUUUGUUCAGGCGGACGACCGACUACACACACAUGGCCGUCAACAUGAUCGAAGGCUUAGAUGGACACACAUACCACGUGUUGUACAUGGGCACAGAUGAAGGCUGGUUACAUAAAGCUGUAGAAAUCCAGGGUCAGCUUCACAUUAUCGAGGAGCUUCAACUGUUUGAGGAACCACAGCCUGUAAUCAACCUGCUGCUGUCGGCAAAACAGAUGAGUGUAUAUGUGGGCUCUCCAUCGGGCGUGGUGCAGCUUCCCCUCGCUCGCUGUCACAGAUACGCCUCCUGCUACGACUGCAUCUUUGCCAGAGAUCCUCACUGUGCCUGGAACGGAGCCCAGUGUGUGGACGUCAUGGCUCAAGCAGACAGAUCCUCUUUAGUCCAGGACAUCCAGCAGGGCAGCAAAGGAUGUGAAAACACACAAGAUGACGUUGCCGUGCGGAGCCGCUCUGUGCGGGUGGGCGACGACGUGCUGCUGCAGUGUGAGCUCAGCUCAAACCUGGCGACGCCCCUCUGGACUCUGGAUGGCAGCGAGCUGCAGGGCUACGGCCUCAACUCUGGCUUCAGGACUGGCACAGACGGCCUGCUGAUUAUCGAGGCCCGGCGGGACCAGAGUGGGCUGUACACCUGCUUCGCUGUCGAGAACAAUAUCAAGGUCGCCAUAGUAACCUUCAAUAUCACCAUCCGCCUGGACCUGCCCCCUCCUCCACCUGUUGAGCCAACAGCAGACCCUUACAGUUUGUUUGUCACCCUGCUAGCCCCCACUGAGCACUCCUCUCCCGAGAGGCCACCGCCCCCGGCCCCUCUUCUCCCACACUCAGAGCUGCUCUCCCCCAGGAACAUGGAGGCCAUAUAUCUGUCCCUCAUCACCAUCCUCGGAGGCCUGUGUGUCGUCCUCACUGUCGUGCUCGUCUACGUGGGCUUCUGCCUGCGAGUGGGCAACAGAGGGAAGUAUUCAUUACGAGCUGCUGCUGCUUCAGCCUACCCGAACGGUAAGAGGCCCAACAGGAACAAAAAACAUCACAGAAACUCCUCCCUCAUGGAGCUGAAGACCAUCUCAAGCCACUGCAACGGCAAUGGCGUUUGUAAUGGAGUUUCAAAGCAGCACAACGGCGACAUCCAGGAGGGAGGCUUCCUCCAGAUCGUCCCCGGAGAGGCUCACAGGUCACCCAAUAAGGAGCUUCCUCCCCCGGCACCUCCUCUCCCACCAACUCCGCAACAUCCCUCCCCAGAGUGUGACUUCCCCAACGGGUUAUCGGCCACGCUGCCCAGCGUCCUGCGGAGGAUGAAGGGCAACAGCUACGUGCUGCUGAGGCAGAGCGAGUCUGAAAGCACGCCGCCGCUCUGCUACUCCUUUGCCGAGGAGCUGAACAAGAUGUUAGAGAAAAGGAAACGCACUCAGCUGCUGCCUCGGCCGGACGAGAGCUCUGUGUAGGGAGAUGUAGCGCCCCCUGUGGUGGGAGGGCAGCUGUGUUUUUACUUGGUGCUGAAGUGCCUGUCAUAUGACCCUAUAUUCUUAAUGCAAUGAGAGUUUUAACUACAUUCUUUGCUUUGGAUUUUAUUUAAUUUUUACGAGUCCACAUCGAGACAUUCCUUCCUUUUUAACUCGUGGGCUGCUUGUUAACCUUAAUUCACAAAUUUCCCAACACAUAACGAGGGAGUGACACAUGCCAGUGGAGGAUCGAGCAUGAAGUGACAAGAGAGAGCAAUCUACCUCACCUUUUAACUGCCCAGGAGGACGUCUGCCGUCAGUCUGGUGUCUGAUCCGAGGAUCAAGACACAAAACGGGACACAGACUCCAGCAAGGAGCAGAGCCCCACGGGAAUAUCCAUGUGGAGACCUCUGCUGUGUGGAGGGCAGCGAGCCGGAGUGUGUUUGCACAGAUGGCCGAUGCAUCUUUAAACAUGUGGUUCACAUAUUAUACAUAUUGAGGAAGGUGGACAUGAGUAAGGGAAUUUGUUGUACAAUAUUUUCGCAUUUAAUACUGACUUAAUCUAUGACUAUUAUAAUAAUUAUAACACAACAUGAUGUACAGUAACUCAUGGCAGCACAUAAGGAAGAAAAUAAUGGAGAAUAAUGAAGAAAUGGUGAACUAAUCAUUAUUUAAUAUGACUAUUAACCCUAAUUCAGAGUUAAGUAACUUACCACAUUGUCGAUAAUUUUUACAUUGUUUUAAAUAAUCACUGAUACUAUCAUUUAGUUUAUUUAUUAAUUGAUGGCAACAUUGAAAAUUUGCUGUUCAUAUUUAGUUUUAAAAUGGUUAGAAAUCAAGUCAAUAACUUUGAAUGCCACCAUUGCCUGAUAUACAGGUACACUUUUAAUGAUAAUAAGAGUAUUUGCAAAUGCAGAUAUGCAUAACUGUAAUUUACAGCUUAGGCUGAGACAACUUAUCAUGACUGGUUCAAGGUGGCCUCAAGGUGAGGCCUGUGAACAUCACAACCCAAGGCUGCAAUUCAUACAGGCAAAGGUGCCCAUUAAAUAUACAUUUGCAUAAACAUUAUUUGGGUAAAUCUUGGAUGUAAAAUUCCUUGGAUAGUCAAUAAUAAACAAGGAAAUAAUAUUAUUUAAUCUUUCACACAAUUGAACAAAUAUUGAAUAGUGCGUAUUUCACCAAGUGUUAAGACAAGCUGAAGAACACAUGGCAGUAUUAUUGAUUUUAAUGUUUUAAAACACACGGUAAUGAACCCUGUUAUGGACGUUGAUGCUGCAACCUGUCGAGAACCAGCAGGAUGGAGGAGCCUUUUGAUUGGCCGGUUGUCCUUAUGGAGAACGCCACACCUGUCUGCUGGACCUCGUUUGACACGAGAACAAUUGAGCGUCUCAGCUGAGCCUCAACCCGCUGCUGAGCCCGACAUGACUCCAUCGCAGAGGAUGACGAGCUGUGGGGCGCAGCGUUCUCCCAAAGCAUCAACGGUGUCAUGUGCACCGGUCAGUUUGAAGUCCUCCUACUUUCAUUCCUGGGGAUACCACCUGUCCACAGGAGUCAGACGACAAGGCCCGCUUUAAAGAUGUACUUUGAAUGAGCAAUGAAAUAAAAUGCAGCUUCUUCACUGGACGGCGGAGACGGAAGAGAAAGAGGAGCUGGAUGAGGGCGACGCUCCGCUUGUUCACAACUGGAAUGCAAACUGUUGGCUGCAGAGUCGUCCUGAGCACCGGUCUGUUGGCCCAAACGAUGACGUGGUUAUGAGCGUCUUUUAUUCACACUUGCUGCAUGAAUUAUGUGUUCAACACUGCUCCCCCCCCCCCCCCUUAAAGUCAAGGAAACAACAACUCUUAAUAUUAAUGUAAAGUGCCAAGGCCGAUGCCUAAGAAGAGCUCUGUGAGCCUAAUUUAAGGUACAAGAAAUGGAUUUUUUUUUUUUAAAGAAGUGUAUUUAUUUUGUAAUUUUGUACAUUGUGUUGAGGUUAUUGUCAUAGUUGCUGUUAAGGUGCCACGUGCCUUCCUGGCAAAUGGGGAGAGGGGGGUCACAAGUCGCCUGUGAUGAAACAAAAUGUGAUGAUUAGAAGCAGGUAGCCAAAAGCAUGCAGAGGCUGUACCAGCACCACAUCAUUUUUAUAUUUAUAACCUAAUAUGAGGAAAACACACCAAUUUACUUCUUCACUCUAACCUAUUAAUUGGGGAUAAUUUAGCUUUUCUCUCUCUGUAAUGUCCAAAUAUUUGUUUGAUCUCUUUGGCAUGUUACUGCAUGCUUGUGCGCACAGAAAAUUAUUUGAUGAAACUAAACACAGAAUAACCAGGCAGUAUGUUCCUUCACAUUUCAGUCACAAGUUAAAAUAAAGAUUUGUACUUCAA